GCGUGUAUCUAAAAAUGUUUCGCACACAAAUUUCUAUAUUCAUUUUCUCUUAUUUUAUCACCACCAGUUUAUCUGAAAAAGUGACAUGGCUACCUAAUAUUAACUUUAACUUACCCAUGAAUUUUGAUACCAAGCUUUGUUCCAAAAAGACUGUUAUAUUUCCUGAAACACUGGCAGGGAGUGUAGUGAUUGACUCCGAUACAUCAGUGAACGAAUUCAUAUUACCAAACAAUGGAGAUAUAUUUUUGGGUGAAGGAGCAAGUAUAGAAUUGGGAUCUGGUGAAGAACCCGAUUGUAAAGCCGGCUACGUUCACUACAGAGAAAAUACAGAAGCAGAUUGGAGUAGACCUGACGUUUGGAGCUCUGUCAGAAUUAACGAUGCGACACCAGAUGCAGAAAGAGUGCCUUGUUUUGAUGACGUCGUAAUAUUCCCACCGAAUAGUACUUUCACCGUAAUAUUACCAGAUGUUGUACAGAAAGUUCAAGCUGUAGAAUUGGGCGGAGAAAAUAUCAACGAUUUCUUAGAGUACUUUGCUUCAAAGCACUCCAAUCAGGGUCAGACGUUUAUCUUAAACGAAUAUCACGAAUCUGGCGUUUCUAUAGGAGGUUAUUUAAAUACAUGUCACUCUCGAUCAGGGUGUCCGUGUCAAACAAAUACACUCAAAAUAGAUUGUUCCGCAAAGUUAUGCAAAAAACCAACAUGCGCUGAUUCUAUCAAGCCAAUUGGUCAUUGCUGCAGAAUUUGCGGAGGAGCGAUAGUUGUCGAUAUUGAUGAAACUUUUGACUUUCUGCAAUUUCAACUGCUCAUUGAAAAGAUUAUAGAUACAUACGGGAAAGAUAAAUUUAUUUACCACAUCGGAAGACUUCCCGAUAACAAAGUACAAGUUAUUGUUCUCGAUAAGAAUGGGUAUGAUCAAACUAGUGCUGAGGUAGUGAGCGCUAUAUCGUACAAUAUGGAGAAAGAUUUGAGACACGAUAUGCAAGUAAGUGGGAGUCCUUUGUCAAAAUCUGGAUUGGGAGGAAAGCUGUUCGUUUGUAUGUUCUUCGCUGUUAUUUUAGUGAUGGCGGGUAUCUAUGCAUAUUACUAUAAGCUUCCUCAGAUGAAUUACCCAAUUAUAACGGGUCGGAGCCAAGCUAACAUGUUUUCAAGGUUUAAUCGGAGAACUGAGAGUGUUGUUUCUUUAACUCGAAGGGAUUCCACACCGAUUGGCGACAGUACUGCAACAGCUUUUAGGAAUCCUUUGUAUGACUCUCAAAGAAGUCGUGUUUCAGUUGAAGAAUCAAUCUUGGAGGAAUAAGCAAUUUGAAUGAUUAUAUGAUGUGUGUAAAUAAAUAUUAUUGACAUAUAUUUGUUAGUGUAUAUUAAAUGAUCGUUAAUCUUUUUAAUAAAUUUAUC